AAAUCAGAUUGUUUCGAGCUUACUAACUACUUGAAAAAUGCAACAAAUAACUUUAGUUGUCCUUGCUGUUUUGUGCUCUUAUUCUUGGGGAUGCGUCGAUUUAACGAAUCCAAGAACUGGAACCAGUGACUGUGCUAGACUCGCUUCUUACUGCACAAAUUCGGUGUACCUGUCUCUGAUGAGACAACAAUGCCCAAGAACUUGUGGAUAUUGCAACUCCUCAUCUUCCACAGCUACAUCUGUUUCUUCAACAACUUCCUCGUCUUCAACUUGUGUAGAUCUCACUAAUCCAAGAACUGGAACCAGUGACUGUACUAGACUGGCGUCUUACUGUACAAACUCGGUUUACAUACCACUCAUGAGAACGCAAUGUCCAAGAACAUGUGGAUUCUGCACAUCUGGAUAAUUUGUAAUUUGUGUUUUAUUUUCCAAGUUAAUGUAUUAUGUAUCUAUUUAUACUUUCAAGGUCGGUAAUUUAAAGAAAAAAUAAAGUUUUGCAAAUUUUUA